AUGGUUUAUUCUUGCCUGACUAGUAGCACGCUACUGCGGUCACAUCCCUUGGUCUUUCCUCGCACAUUCCUUCGCUACAAAUCCCUCACUGCCGCCAUCGAGAGUGGCAGGCGGGGCGGACCAGACCGACCCUUCAGACCGCGGACUCGAGCCGGCCACAACGAUGAGGGUGAUAGACCGGUGAAGACACGUCGCGAGGCAAGGUUCGAAAAGUUCGGUCCUCCUCGUGACGAUGCACAACCAAGUUUCAGUGAAAGAUCGCAUGUAACGCCUCGCAGUAGCAGGUUCGGACGCAUUGGGCCACCACGACCCCGCGAUGACGAUGCGCCGAGUAGGUUCAAGGAGGAAGAGCAAAGUAGCGGUCCUGAGGAAGGGCGGCGCCUAAACGACUCUGAGAGACGCCAGCAGAGGCGCCAGCAGAGACACAAUGGAGAAUUCCAAGAGCGCCUGCACAAGGCUUACAGCCAUGGCAAAAGCGGAAUAGCACGCCGGUCUCCAGAUGCACUCACUAAAACGGGAGAUUUGAGACGGGAUCGGCCACAAAGAGAAAGCAGAUUCCUGUCCUCUGAUCGAGGAUUAGCAUCGCGGGAGCAGGGUAGUGAUGAGAGACCACGUCGUCGGUGGACAGAUGAUCGCAGUUUUGCACCAAGAGACAGACCAGAGAAGACAUUCGAAAGGGGUGACAAUGCACCUUCUUAUACACCACGUCCCCGCGACACAGCAGACGAAGACGCACGUGAGUCGCGAUUUUCUACGAGAUCAGGUGCCAGACGAGAGGAUGUUUCAACUUCUUAUACUCAGCGGACUCGCGACUCAGGAGAUGAUCGACCACGAUUUACCCAUAGACCAGAUUCAAAAGGUGCUAGGAGAGAGGGAUACGGGCGGGAGUCGUCUGAUGCUAGAUCUGGAACAAGAGGCGAGACGGAGGCGCAGAAGACUUCAGUUCGUGGACCGGAAUCGCUUCCCUACACCACCGCUGCCUCAGAGUUUAUAUACGGGCAUGGCAGCGUCGUAUCUGCGAUCAAGGCGAACCGACGCAAAUUCUACAACCUGUAUGUGCAUUCACGAGGUGCGGGCAGAGAUGGCCUCAUGUCUCGUAUCAGAGCCAACAAGCUCUUCUCAAUCACACACGAAGUCGGGGACGAGUACAUGCGUGCUUUGGACAAAGCAAGCAGUGGCCGACCACACAAUGGUGUGAUACUUGAGGCAUCGCCUCUGCCUGUUCCUCCUAUUACUGAGCUGAAGACGGCAUCGAUCGAAGACGAGAGCUUCAGCGUCGCACUCGACAGCCAAAGUGCAGAAGACGUGCUCGUCAAUGGCAAGCAAGAGCUAUACUCUUACAAGUCCGGAGGAUGGAGACAUCCGCUGAUCCUCUACGUUGACGGCGUGCUCGACGAAGGCAAUCUUGGGGCUAUUGCUCGCUCAGCCUAUGUUCUCGGUGCAGAUGCCAUCAUCACGCCGACUCACCACACUGCAAACUGGAGUCACAUCGCGGUCAAGGCUUCUGCCGGCGCCGCUGAAGCCAUUCCGCUCUUCAAAGUUGGAGAUUCGAACGAAUUUCUCAAGAAGAGCGCAAGCGCAGGUUGGUGCAUUUACGCGAGCGACGCCGUUCCGUCUACGUCGUCAAUCGCCUCAUCAACUGUUGGGUCUAUGGAAGCCGGAGCCAACAAAGUUGUUUACAGCAUCUCGCAGACUAGAAAACGACUUCCCGCCGACCACAGCCCUGUUGCAGAGCACCCCACAAUUCUCAUGAUGGGCUCAGAGGGCACUGGGUUGAAGGCCAGCUUGGUCAAUCUUGCGCGUUACAAAGUCGGUAUCCCUCAUGGACGCGAGUUCAACGAGGUUGGUGUCGACAGUUUAAAUGUCAGCGUUGCAGCGUCGAUACUUUGCUACGAGAUGCUGCAGAAACCAAAGACACAGCCUGAGCGCGAACCCGAGAACGUUGUCUUCUAG